CAGGGUUCCUGACUGAUGGUUCUGUUUGCUGACUCAGCAGGAUCCAGGUCCGUGUUCACCAGCUCCAAACCCGACACCAGCAGACCCAACUGGCUGCGAGUGGGCCUGGCCUUCGGGGCGUCGGCCUUCCUCUGGGCUCUGCUCUUCAAGCAGCACAGCUCGGACGUGCGCGAGUACAAAGCGAGGAACGGCCUGGAGUGAGGAGCAGGGAGAACAUGCAGCCGGCCGGGGGACGUCCUGUGGACGGAGGCGGGCAGCAGGACGUCCCUCCAGAGAGCUGUCAGUGUGUCGUAUUUAAGAAGCGGUGUUGGAUGCACGCUGGAGGAUGAGUGUGAGAACUGUACUGAAAAUAAAGCGUCGCUGUUUGAUGAGUUCUCAGUGGAUUUGUUCUGAUUAGCAUUAGCAUUAGCAUUAGCGAUAGCCCACUCAGGUUGAUUUAGGUGAGCAGCAGCCUCACUUCACUCCACACUUGAUUCUACUGAUCCUCUGAAGACUAAACCAACACCCGAGAGCGUGAAAGGAAUCAGCAGGAAGCCUGGAGACGAAGAGACAGAGCGGCGUAACGAUCCUGUCUGGUCAGCCUGCUGCUGGGAGGACGGAGGAUCUGUGAAGAGACACACACUUUUAUUCACACUAUUUCAGAGAAGUGGAGCUUUUAUUUACACAGAAAUAAA